AUGGGGCGCGCGUGGGCGCUGAGCGCGGCCUGGCUGCUGGGCCGCGCCGUCGCCGCGGCCACGGACGCGCCGGCCCACGGGAGCUCCGUGGACUGCUGGGAGGUGCGGAGACGCAACAGCUCCGAGUGGUGCCGCUUCAUCCGCACCAACCCCGACUGCCAGCUGGAGGGCGGCUUCCUCGACUACCUCGACGGCAUCUUCUGCGCCUUCCCCGCGCGCCUGCUGCCCCUCGCCGUCACCCUCUACGCCUGCUGGCUCCUGUACCUCUUUGUCAUCCUUGGCGUGACGGCGGAGAAGUUCUUCUGCCCCAACUUGUCGGCCAUCUCUACCAACCUGAAGCUGUCCCACAACGUGGCAGGUGUCACCUUCCUGGCGUUCGGCAAUGGGGCUCCCGACGUCUUCAGCGCCGUGGUGGCCUUCUCUGACCCACGCACGGCUGGUCUGGCCAUCGGCGCCGUCUUCGGCGCCGGCGUGUUCGUGACCACGGUGGUGGCCGGGGGCAUCGCCCUGGUGAAGCCCUUCACAGCUGCCUCCAGGCCCUUCCUCAGGGACGUCAUCUUCUACAUGGUGGCCGUCUUCCUCACCUUCGUGGUGCUCUACUUGGGCAGGAUCAGGCUGGGAGAGGCGCUGGGGUACCUGGGGCUCUACAUCUUCUACGUGUUCACCGUGGUCCUCUGCACGUGGCUCCACCGGCGGCAGCGCAGGGAUGGGCUGGCCGCUCCCGGGCCCUGGGAGCCAGAGCUGCUCACAGACCCUGAGGAGCAGGAGUCCACGGGCACCGGCGACUACGGCGAGGAGUAUCGGCCGCUGCUGCCCUACCAGGAGGGCUCGCUGCGCAUCCUGGCCGCGGCCCUCAGCCCCGUGGACUACCGCAAGUGGAGGAGGAAGCCCUGGUACUGGCGGCUCUUCAAGGUGCUCAAGGUCCCCGUGGAGCUGCUGCUGCUGCUCACGGUGCCCGUGGUGGACCCCGACAAGGAGGACCUCAACUGGAAGAGGCCCCUCAACUGCCUACACGUGGUCACCGGCCCCCUGCUCUGCAUCCUAACCCUCAAGUCGGGCGCCUACGGGCUCUACCAGAUCCAGGGUGUCUUCCCCGUGUGGGUGCUGGUCGCGCUGGUGGGCACCGUUGUGGCCGUCCUGGUCUUCAGCACCACGAGCAAYGAGGAGCCCCCCAAGUACCACUGCAUAUUUGCCUUCCUGGGAUUCCUGGUCAGCGCCAUGUGGAUCAACGCGGCAGCCACGGAGCUGGUGAACAUCCUCCGGACCCUGGGCAUCGUCUUCCAGCUGAGCAACACYGUGCUGGGCCUGACGCUGCUGGCCUGGGGCAACAGCAUUGGCGAUACGUUCUCGGACCUGACCAUGGCRCGGCAGGGCUAUCCCCGCAUGGCCUUCUCCGCCUGCUUCGGCGGCAUCAUCUUCAACAUGCUGGUCGGYGUGGGGCUGGGCUGCCUGCUGCAGAUGAGCACCAGCCACAUGGUGGUGAAGCUGGAGCCCGACGGCCUCCUGGUGUGGAUCCUGGCGGGCGCGCUGGGCYUGAGCCUGGCCUUCUCCUUGGUGGCGGUGCCGGCGCAGUGCUUCCAGCUGGGCAAGGCCUACGGCGCCUGCCUGCUGCUCUACUACGUGGCCUUCCUCGCCGUGGCCCUGCUCACCGAGUUCGGCGUGAUCCGCGCGCCCUGAGCCUCGCCGCGCUGCCUCCCUGCUCCAGCGCAGCCAAGGAAGGGAAGGGAGACGGAGCUCGGGCACCACCUGCGUCCUUGGUYGGCCUCUGGUUCCUCGGGGACAGGAGCAGCGUGCGAGGCCGCACGGCGCUGCAGCAGCUUGGAGAAGGGCGCAGUGCAAGUUGGGGACUGUCCCCCCCAGCAAAGGACACCCCGUGUCCGGGGGUGAAAGGAGCAGCCGAGGCAAAGCAAGGGAGCUGAGCCAGUGGAAAAGCACCAGGGCAGCCCCGGCUUCAAGUGCAUCCUGCAGAGGGAAAAAAAAAUAAGCCCUGGAGCCCCAUUUCUGCUGCCUUUCCCAGCUCUGUUUUUCAACCUGAACUAACUUUUCUUCUCUUAGGGCACAGACAGCUGUAGCAAAUAACUUGAUACACGGAGGUUUCCACAAACCAACCGCUGGCCUCAGGGCACAUCUAGGUUUAGUUUGGACAAAAAGACUCUAUUAAAGCCCCCCAAGC